AUGGUCUUGUCCGUGCGGAGACUGUCACAACGCCCCGUCCAUUUCCACUUGGGGGAACUUGAAGUCUCAACAUGCGCUCAUCCCGACGCCUGGCACAUCGCUCUCCCAGCUCUUUUCAAACGCUUUCGGUGGACACGGCCACCUUUGAUCCUGUGCGCCGCUGGAUGGUCACCUCACGCUGGUGACCGGACUGUGCAAGAUACGAUUCUUGCCCUGAAGGCGGAGGCUGCGAGAGUAUCCCUUCUCAUGAUCGAAAUUGCGCGAAUUCUCGACGAUCGACCGACAAACCGUGGCGUGCUAGUCGCGUCCUAA